UUCUUCUUGCUUGAGAGAGGGGAAAUCCAUUUUUCUCAUCUUAAUAUAAAACCAAACCCUAAUUUUAUUUACAACAUUUUUUGUAUGUUCCCAAAUUCUUUCUUUGAAACCCUAACUCAAAAUUCCUCAUCAACAUGGCGGGUAUAAUCAAAUCCAGCUUCUCAUUCAUGGUGGGAACAGUUUUUGGUGUUUAUGUUGCUCAGAAUUACAACGUCCCCAACAUUAGGAAACUUGCUGAUACCGGUAUGGCCAUGUUCAAGCACCUUGAAGAAACAUAUCGCAAGCCUAAAAAGCCUGGUGACGAUCAGUGAUUGGUUUGUAUUUAAAAUUUUGGUUUUGGAAUUUAUACGAAUUAGUUCUUCAUAUUGUUACUGGAAACUAUUUUAUAAUUGUAGAAUUUUGGGGCUUUCACUAUUUUAUAAUUAGUAAGAAUAUAGAGGUCUAAUUUAUGUACUG